AUGCCGCCCGUGGAGAUCUCCGAGCCAGUUGUGAGAGCCGGCCACGAAGCCGUGCCCCACCUGAGACCCUGUCCCGGGAUGGCCGCCAGCCGGAGCAAGAGGACAUCCUCGCCACACCACGAGGUGCAGAAGAAAAUGGUCAAACAGCAACAGCAGCAGCAACAGAAACAAACGCAUCAACAAUCCCGGAACUCUGAUCAUGAACAACAACAGCAGCAGCAGCAAAAACAACAGCAGAAUCACAAGCAGCAAUCUCAACAGCAGAAGCAGCUGAAGUGGCAACAGCAACAACGUCGACAGCAGAAUCAACAACAGCAGCAGCAAGAAAAUCACCAAGACAAACAGCAGCAUAAUCAACACCUUCAGGUGCAGCAACACGAGCAACAGCAGCAAGAACAGCAGCUGACACAUCGUGAACAGUGGCAGCAGAACUAUGAGCACCAGCAAAAGCAGCAGAGAGCAGCAGAGACAGCAGGAGAACAGCAGAACGCUCGGAAACGGAAACAGAACAAUCCAGAAGAACAGCAGCAGAACAAACAGCAUCAACAACAGCUGAUUCAUCAACAGCAGCAGCAUCGGGAGUUUCACGAGCAGAAUCUAGAGCUUAAGGAACAGCAACAGUUGCAAGAGCAGAAUCAACAGUAUCAGCAGAACACUCGUGAAGGGCUGAGGCUGGACAGUCGGCAAGAGGAACUGCAGCAGGAAAAGCUUCAGAACAUUCCAAAACGUCAAGAGGAACGGCAGCAAAAGUGGUUUAAGCAUCAAAAGCAGCAACAGCAGAAUCAUGAAGAGCAACAGCAGAUACAACAGCUCAAUCAUCAACAUCAGCAACAGCAGAAUCAAGAGUCUCCACAGCAGCAGCAGCAGAGUCAGGAGACUGAACAGCAUCGGCAGGAACAUCACAAUCAGCAGCAGCAGCAGCAGCAGCAGGAUCUGCGGGACUCAAAUCACGUCUCUGUAGAAUCCCAGGUCUCCCGUGACUCCCAUGAUUCAAGAGCCUCCCAUGGUCAGUUCUCCAUGGAACCCCUGCGCCGGAUUUCCCAUGGACGUGAAGUUCACUCAGGUUCCAUAGAUUCUCAGGUUUCUCAGAACACACGGCUACAACAAAGCCAAAGCCACGACUACGGCGAACUCAGGGGAGCUCAGGGAACACGUGUUUACCCAGAUUUUCAGGUCCCAGAGGACACUCAGUACCCACAAGACUCUCAGGUUUCCCAAGCAAGUGAGACUCUACAGGUGACUCAGGGUUUUCAGGUCUCAGUGCUCUCCAGGGUCCCAAAAGUAUCCCAGGAACCACCAUUCUCGAGGCAAUCUCAGGUCCGUCAGGAAUCGUGCAUCUCAAGAUGUCCCCGUGAAGGAAAGUUACCAAAAGUCUCCCAAGACUCACAGGUCUAUCCAACCCACGUCUCCCAAUUCCCAGAGGUGCCUCACAACCUCGACGAUUCCCACUCGUCUCCAGGGUCCAAGGUCCUAAAGCUCUCCCAGAAUUCCCAGAAGUCCAUGGGCUCGCUGGAAUCCCAGGACCUUGGGGAGCUCCAAGUUUCACAAAGUGCUCACGAAUCAGAGGCCGCAGCGUCUCGGCUCUCCGACCAAAAGAAACCUCAGAUUGUGGUCUCCCAGAGGACCCGUGUUCAACAGGUCUCCGCGAUAUCGGAGACUCCCCAUAUAGCCCAGGCCACAAGUACUCAGGUCUUCUGCAGCAACGAGGAACCUGACGAUGCAGUUCUACUGGCACCCUUGGUUUCCCAGGCCUCUGAGGAGUCCCAGGGGUCGCAGGGAUCAUUGUCUUUGUCUGCCUCCGGGCGGCGCAAGCGCGAGUUCACCCCGUCGGAGAAGAAGGACGCGUCGUACUGGGACAAGCGCAGGAAGAACAACGAGGCGGCCAAGCGGUCGCGCGAGAAGCGGAGACUCAACGACCUCGUGCUGGAGACGCGCGUGCUCGGCCUCCUCGACGAGAACGCACGGCUCAAGACGGAGCUCAUUUCACUUCGACUCCGCUGUGGCCUUUUGCACGGGGAGGACGUCAAGAGCCCUACGCCUGUCCAUCCGUCCAUGCCGCAGCACUACCCUUACGACCACCAACAAGACAACAGCCAUGACCAACAGCACCACCCAUAUGACAAAAACCAGCACCGCAACAAACAAGAGGACGCCGCCCGCUUAUACGACAGGGUCCGGCGAUGGAAUCCGUGGACAGGCGAUCGUCAGUCCCCAGAGGUCGGAGGUCUCGGGGGGGGUGGGGAGGGGUCACCCACCACCCGUGCCAUCGAGGGCGCAUGCCAGGGCAGCUCCACUCCGGAGGCCAAACGAGGACGCUGGGAGGAGCAUGCAGAUGGAGACAAGAAAUCUGUGGGAGGAGAGACGGAGGACAUCAGCCAAGAGAUAUGGACAAGUGUGAUUUUAAACGGGCUCGGAGGUGUACGGGGACAAAGAGCGUGGAUUGAAAAGACAGACAAAUGCGCAGAAAGGUUCUACAACUGGUCGGUGGAUGAACCAAACAUCAGACGCUGUGCUGAGAUGGCUGACACCCACAAAGAGAGAAAAUGGAAUUUAGAAGAAAACUCGCCUGGGGAAAGACGCUGGAGCACAGAAUCAAACAAUCACGGGGAAAAACACUCUGGCGGGGCAAAAUACGGACACAACGACGAAGAUCUUCCCUGGUCUGACUCCAUGACCUCACAAGACUGCAAUGGAGAUGACAAUCACCCCCAUGGGUUUGUGAUGGACAGAGCGGACGACGCACCCUCAAGUCGUCCCUGGCCAGAAACCCCUCGCAGUGCGCUGCCUCACAAGCUACGGCUCAAAGUGUCUCGGCCAUCACUGGGGGAGGCUGACUCUCAAGUGUCCCGGACGAGCCCCCAAAAACGACAGUCAAUAAUUGAGGGGGCGGUGGCUGCUGGGGGUCGCGUUGGCAUCAACAAGCACGGGGGAUGUGGACAGAAGACACCGGGGACCAUGAACACAUGCACAUGACCACCGCAAAUGCUGACAAUCGCGCCGGGAGUUAAAGAUGAAUUGAGAUUGCAAUUACAGUUCCAUCAGUAUCGCUCAAAUAAAAUUGUGUAUGUGAAUAUUGUUAUUAUCAGGUCAAGGAAAUAUGCAACCCAAAAAUCUGAUAAGCACUUAUAUUGUAGACACACACCUCGGCUGUGUGUUCUGGGCUGUCUGAUAUGAGUUUGAAACUUUGUAAAAUUAUUAAAAAAGGGAUAUUUUAAAGGUAGGAUGAAAUGUGUUAUAACACUCAUGACAUAAAUGUGAAAUCGCUCCCAUAAAUUUUAAUAUGUUAACGCAGUGACAUCAUCGGAGCGCUUUGACUGACAAUGUUUUUUAUGUCACCAUUUUUUUUACUUCCUGAAACUUCAAACAGUAUGCUGAACAGCCCAGAACAUACAACGUGGGGUGUAUAUCUGUACCAGAAAUUCUAUAUUUAUUUUGGGUUGUAUCCCCUGUAUAAUAUCGGCGGUGGCCAUUACACUAAGCACUGUGAUCCAUGUUGGGGGAUCUCAGGGGAUUUUGCGAUCCACGGCAAAGCUAUCACCAACAACGGGAUGGUUGGCCCCUGUAACAUGCUAUAGACAAAGUAAUAGCGCCAUUUAUUGGUGGAAGGUUUUUAGUUUUAUACGUAUGAAUCCUUAAAGCGAGGAUUUGUAUUCGCCAUCAGCCGUGAUGAACAUUGCCGUGUGCUUAUGUUAAGUGUUUGUUUCUCAUUUGUCCUGAAAUCCACACAAAAAAUAAUUUGUGAUCCACCUAUGGAUUGCGAUCCAUGGAUUGGCCAACGCUGCUGUAUAUUGACAUGGCUAAUCACCUGAUCGCACGUGAACACUGAUAGAGACAGAAUGUAGAUUGGCACACACACACUAAUAAACGUGGCAAUUAUUUAUAUACGCAUCAAUGUAUGUAUACAUGUGUGUGGGUGUAUGCGCGCACGCGUGCGUAAGAUAUUAAGUUGCUGCUCCAGUGAACUUAAAUGAGUAGCAACUCAAUGACAAGGAAAUAUAUUUCCUGAAGACGACUCAGCUGAAAAGUUCAGACAUAUCUUAUAUUCUCAGUGACAGUAAAACUCUCUUAUUUCUCAUGAA